UCGCAAUCUGCUGGUCAAUUGCGCCUUCCCGAUAUGUCUGCACGUGCACUGUUUAAGCAGCAAUUUAAACUUAAAAAUAAGCUUCCCAUUCGCUGCUUUUCCAGCAGCCGAUCCACCAAUGCGGACUUCACUCAUGCGGUAAUUGGCGCAGGCGUCGUCGGCCUCGCAACCGCACGACAACUUGCAGCUCGCGAAGGCACCUCAACCAUUCUACUAGAGCGCCAUGACGCACCAGGGACAGAGACAAGCAGUCGCAACUCCGAGGUAAUCCACGCAGGCCUCUAUUACCCCGCAACCUCCCUCAAAACCAGCCUCUGCAUCCGCGGCCGCAACCUCCUCUACGACCUCUGCGCAAAAAACAACAUCCCUCACCGCAACACGAAAAAAUGGAUCGUAGCGCAAACCCCCACGCAAUGGGAAGCCUGUCUGAAAAUCCACGCGCACGCACAAGGACUAGGCGACGCGCCGACACGGUUAGUGGGACGUGAAGAAGCGCAGCAGCGCGAACCAGACGUCAGGGCCGACGCAGGCAUUGUCGAGAGCGAGACAUCCGGUAUCGUGGACAGCCACUCGUUGAUGACCUAUCUGCAGGGCGACUUUGAGGACCGGGGCGGCGAUAUUGCAUUCAAGACCCGCGUGACAAGCGUGGAGGCUAUUGAUGGCGGCCGCGGCGGGUAUAAGAUCACCGCUGUCUCGGAUGAGGAUGGCUCGGUUACGUCCAUUACCGCUGAGACGCUGAUUAAUAGUGCUGGUCAUGGCGCGUGUGAUAUUAGCAACAUGCUCCUCCCACACGAGCGCCAUUUUGUCCCGCAUUAUGCUAAGGGCACGUAUUUCUCUUAUGCGUCAUCCAGACCCAGGACUUCGGUUUUAGUUUAUCCGGCGACUUUGCCGGGUACUGGUGGGCUUGGUACGCAUCUGACACUUGAUAUGGGUGGCCGCGUUCGCUUUGGGCCGGAUGUUGAGUGGGUAGAUAGUCCUGAUGAUUUGGUGCCGAGUGCUGCACGUUUGGAGCGGGCGUUGCCGGAGAUCAAGGCUUAUCUGCCUGGUGUCGAUGUCGAUGCCAUUGCGUUGGAUUACUGUGGUAUUCGCCCUAAAUUGGGGAGGGGUGGUGCUGUAAAUGAGGGUAAGGGAUUCCAGGACUUUAUCAUCCGGGAGGAAGAGGGUCUGCCUGGGUUCAUCAAUUUGCUGGGGAUUGAGAGCCCGGGUCUGACGAGUUGUUUGGCGAUUGGUGAGAUGGUUAAUGGCCUCCGCGCCUCCCUCAAUCCCACCCCAAACCACGGCCCCACAUUCCUAACGUUUAACUUCCUCCUCGCCUACGGCAUCCUCUCCUCGCGUACCCUAAAGCAAUGGUACGGCCUCGACCAUCAAGUCUCGCCACGCGAAGACCUGACCAGAUACGGCGAGACGGCAGUGCGUGAAGGCAAGAUCACGCGCAAGCAGCUCGAUAUGCUCAAGCGGAAUGAGUCGGCGCAUGCUAAUGCGGUGGAGAAUUUCCCAUUGCUGGUUGCAGGUGUGCUCUUUGCAUCGUUGGCUGGUGUCCCUGCGCAGAGGGUUAAUGCUGCGGCCUUAUCUUAUACUGUUGCGCGCGUUGUUUACGGUGCUGUUUAUAUUUUCGUGGAUCAUCCUACGUGGAGUCAGAUUAGGGGGCUGGUGUGGUGGUGGGGGAAUGUGAGUUGCUUCUUUCUGUUGUGGAAGGCUGGGGACUUGUUGGCUUGA